AUGAUGGAAAGUGUGAAUGGUGAUAAACUAGCGGAUCUUUUGGCAAAUGUUCAAUCCAUUUUGAAUGCAGCUUCCGUCAAAUGUCACGUAGUGGAUGAAAGUUUCCCAGCCAAAUUCUUUGAGAAAAAUCCGGAUAAGAUAUAUGAAUCAUACUGCAAGUUCAUUAAAAAUAGAAGUAAUGCCGAAGGUUCGAUACGUAAUGAAGAUAAAUUAGCUUUGACAACCAUCAACAAGAGAUUUGAAAAUGGAGAAUACGAGCCUGUUCAAGGUGGGUUUUAUAAGCUAUAUCACGAUGUCAAGUUGGUUUGUACAAUUCUCAUUCACUUUUAUCCUCAGGGUACAAGGAAUUACCAAUUAGUUGACAAGUUCUACAAAUUUUCUUCAGAGCUUUUAUUGCGAGAAUGCUACAGAAUAGGAAUUGCUCUAACACAAGCAAAUAUUGUAAAAUCAAGAAGUGGCAAGUCUCUCAAUGGAAAUGAGGUGGAUGAAUACGAUGAUGAUGAUGAUGCAACAGAACUAGACAAAAUAAUCUCUUAUGAUUUCAUUAAGAUUUCUAUGAAUUAUUCGGUACCAAUUUCUCAAACAUAUCAGAUACGGACCAAGGAUAUGGACCUUUUCUCUUCGAUAAUUUCUAAGUCUAAUCUUGACAAAAGGCCUCAUGAACUUCCCAACACGAACUUCAAGAUUAACAACAUCUUACCUCAGACUGACAUAGAAAAUGAAGCUCCUAGAUUAGGAUUUGUGGGUGCGAAUACAAGUAAUAUCCCAGACCCCACUUUACCACCGACUGAGAUGAUGACCAGAUUUUUGCAUCCAAAUUGGUAUGCUUUGCCUACCACAGUCUGGCUAAAAUAUGGGAACUAUAAUUCCUGGGCGCCUUCCUUCAACGAAAACGGCACCGUCGUGGAUUCAACAACUAGAGGCCUUAUUUGGCUUGAGAGAAUUGGUUACAUGAACUUGUAUGAAAAAAAUGAAAAGAAAGAAAAACAAGAGGAAAUACUGGACUCGAAUGAGGGAAACAAAAAUAGCGAACAGAAAGAUAAAAACGAGAUUAUUGAUGGCAAAAGCAAUGGCGUCAACAACAAUAGUGAUGAUAAUGAUACAGGUAUCACUUCUGAAAAUGCAGAAGGUUUCGAAGACACAGAACAAUCGAUAAUAAAGCUUCACAAUUUAUACAAUUGGGCACCCUCCAACUACAUAGGGGAUGACGAAAUUGAGAGUUUUCAGAAUGGUACGCCGGAUAAGUUGGUUACUGAGUCUCUUGCGAAACUUAAAAAGCUGAGGAAGGAGAGAAUAUUAAAUAGAGUUUCGAAGCCCACUACAGAGGAAAGAGAGAUUUACUUUAAAGUGAAAAGAAUACUGAAGGAAGUUAUCUUGGCAAAAAAAGUUUCCAAGCUACCUAUAAACAAUGUAAGGGCGUUCCCAGUGUUACAAACAAACUAUAGUGGUAGUAUACCCGUCGUAAGGGCUCAGCCAGGUCGCAAGCGGAAACACAAGAAAUAG